AUGUACGACAACGACAUAACAUCAGUGAAUGAAUAUUCGUUGCCAGAAAAUUUGGAGGACAUUGUUGUAGAUUUGGGAUACAACCCGUUUGAGUGCACGUGUGAGCUCCUGUGGUUUCUAGAGGUAUUCACAAACGAGAGAUUUAACAAUACUUUUAAGAAAUCUGGAGAGAAGUAUAUAUGUGCUAGUCCGUCAUUUCAACGGGGGAAAAACUUAACUGAUUUUGCAAAAACAAUCGGAUGGCAAUCGUGUCUCUUGGCAUCCACAACGUCCCUUAUUAUCAUGUUCGCUUCCAGUUUCUUAGUUAUUCUCAUCAUUGUGGGGUCAGCCCUCUAUUACUAUAGAUGGCAUUUCAGAUAUUUUCUUUUUCUGUUGCGUAGAUACCGUCUGGGUCAGCGGCCGGGUGCAACUGCAGAGUUUAAGUAUGAUGCGUUUUUGUGUUAUUCUGGUAAAGAUCUGAAGUGGGUCCUUGAACAAGCUAUUCCAGAACUUGAGGAACAGGCGAACACCAAGCUGUGUUUAAACCAGAGAGACUAUGAACUAGGCGGACUGCGUGCAGACAAUAUAGUGCGCUGUGUGAAUGACAGUAGAAGAUUCAUCAUAGUUCUGUCUGACAGUUUCGCCUCCAGCGGCUGGUGUCUGUUUGAGCUGGCCGUCAUUCAGAGACAACUGCGGUCGGAGGGCGAGGGCUUCCUGGUCAUUGUCAAACUGGGCGCCAUCGACCAGCGCCACAUGACCGACUCGCUGUUCCAUCUUAUUACAACACGGGAGUGUAUUGAAUAUUCUGAGGAGCCAAGAGCACGGGAACUCUUUUGGACACAAGUUGUGCAGUCUUUGAGAGAAGAGGCCAGUGUAAGGUCAGUUCCUCACCCAGUCGCCAGUGCAGGAGGGUCAGUUCCUCACCCAGUCGCCAAUGCAGGAGGGUCAGUUCGUCACCCAGUCGCCAGUGCAGGAGGGUCAGUUCCUCACCCAGUCGCCAGUGCAGGAGGGUCAGUUCCUCACCCAGUUGCAAGCACGAGGUCUUGCCAGUGAUGACUGUCGUAAUCAACACCCAUAGAAACACAGGAGAACAAAAAACUGUUUUACCGGACAGACAGGACCAGCUAGUGGCGGUGAGACGAAGGAUUUGUGAGGUCAUCAUUGCUAUCGUAUAUACAAGUUGGACUGGUAUUCUGAAGCUUGCCUUCCACUAAAUGUUUCACUUCCGUGUCAUAUAAUUCGAGAAGAAUCGUAGGAUUGGUAGAAUAUGUGGCGGUCUUUACUUGUGUAAAUACAUUUAUAUAUUCACAAGAAAUUUAUAUACUUUCUUUAGUGUAAGUUUUUACAGCAGUAGUUUCACAGUAUUACGAUUUUCGGCAAAAAUUUGAAUUGCUAAUUUAAGAAAAUGCCUUUAAAUUGCUCAAUUCUCUAAUUGUCAAAAAUUUACAAAGUGUUACAAAGAGUGCGGUCUAGCUCUGACCCAACAUAGCAGGAUAAGGCUACAUGAAAUUGAAGAUGCGUUAUUCUUAGUGGGAACUGAUUUCGUAUAAGGAAAUAAUAAGCACACCCAAGGAAAAAACUGAAAAAGAGGAAAACCCUUCAACACAUCCUUGUUUAUCUUCUCUGAAUACACGGUGAUAUUCGUUUCAAGUCACAGACCCUAGUUUCAACACAUAAACAUACUGAUAACACCCAUGUAAAUAAUACAAUAGUUACGCACUCUAGUGUACUAAUACUCUGACAGUAUGUUUGUAAUACAUACGGUAAGGACUACAAUCAGUAUCACAGGAGAGGGGAAAUGUUGUAGCUCAGACAAAAAGAAACAUGCCCUGUCUGGAGAGGACCCGUAUUUCGAUGUGCUGAGGUUUGUUUUGCACUGC